UCUGUCCCUGAACGCCAACGACUCCAGCCACCGAACGAACCUACGCACACCCCUUCUACCGCCUUCUCCCGUCGUCCGCCGUUAGCUAGUCAGUCAGUCAGUCAGUCAGGUCGUCAGCUCCUAGUCCAUUGAAUACGGAGGGCCAGGGAUUCAUAAGGGCGUGUUGUGUGGGGUGAAAGGACAGAGAAAGGACGCCGCUUGGCUCACGCAAAAUCACGACAAGGCUUACCCACCCAAAGGACCUAUGUCGUCACAUCGACAGCCAUUUUGAUAAUCCCUCCUCCUCCCCCCGGCCCGGAACCGUGACGGGUGAGGGUGAUUGGCCCACAGCCCGUGCCUGUCCUGGCUCCAUCCGGUCCAUCGGGGUCCAAGUGUGAACCGGAGGCGCCGACCCCCGAUGAAGCGGGAAAUGGAUGACCCACUGGGCACGCCCGAUGCGCUCCGGUCUAUUCGCUCCACGCCUCUCUCAGUCCGGUCGGGGGUGGAAAAUGGCGCCAAAGCCUUUCUCCGGGUUCGUGGUCCGUUGGGCGCCCGCCCCUCGGCGGCUCAACUUCAAUCCGAACUCAGGCAAUUGCGGGAAGAGGUCAAAGCGUUGCAGUAUUUGGCCCGCCGUAAGGAGCAGGAAUGGGACCAGAUCGUGAAUCUCUUAAAGCGCAAAGAAGUGGCCUUGCUCAAGAGUGAGAAGGCCUGGGCUAUGAACGAAGGCCCAAGGGCGGCCCAGCUCAUGGGGAGUGUGGUCAAGAACGGUUCGGGCCCGCCGGCCACGCCGAGCUCGAUCGUGAUUCCCGGGGAAGUGGGCUCGUCUUUCGAGAUAAUGCCGGAAGAGGAUUCCAAUGCCAGUUUACCCGUGAUUUCUUCGGUGCGCACGCAACCCGUGCCUGAGGUGGGUGAGAGUCCCGCGGGCUCGCCCUCGCCACCCCCCACGCCUGCCCGCCUCAAUGGCACUCUCUGCCAGUUCUGUCUGAACCACGUGUCCAAAUUCAUGUGCGCGGGUUGCUCGAAUCGAUGGUACUGCACGAAAGAUUGUCAGAUCAAGGAUUGGGAUACGCACGCCGAUCUGUGCAGCUAGCAUCGGGUGGCUCGCCCGUUCGCCCGCUCGCCCGCUCGCUGGCCCCUGUCUGUCCUCCGCCCACCCAUCAUCCCCGCCCUUGAUGUGCCGCACCUUUAUGCGGUACGCCAGCAUGAAUUAUUUUUGAAUGAAUUGUACUCUGGAAAAGGAGGAAACGCGCUUGAGAUAAGCCAGCCUCAAUCAUGAGGGCGCUGAAAUAAAGACAUCGACAGUGAUGACACUGUUUGACGCCCAGGAUAUGUCCAGACCUCAUUGAUAACGAUCUCAAUUGUUCCUUUACAG